UGAGAUGUAAGACUAUAGUGGCAUUACAGUGUGGAAGCAUUCUGCUUGUAACCUCUGUCACAUGAUGGGAGACUCUGUGAAGAGCAAACAUAGCUGAGAUGAAUGCUGGAAUAGCAAGCGCACUUGUGGCUCUGCAACUCUUCAUUCAGACUGCAACCACAACCAAACUGGUGUGUUAUUUCACCAACUGGUCACGGUACAGACCUGACGUGGGAAGAUUCCUGCCUGAAAAUGUGGAUCCUUUCCUGUGCACCCACCUGGUUUAUGCCUCUGCGACCCUCGACCAUACCAACGAGAUCGCCGAAUAUGAGUGGAACGAUAACCUCUACGAAUCAUUCAAUGAGCUUAAGAACAGAAACCCAAGACUGAAGACCUUGUUGGCAGUCACCGAGUUUGAGGACGACAGAUCACAAUUCUCUACCAUGGUGUCCAAAUCUGCCAACCGUCAGACCUUCAUCCAAUCUACGAUCACAUUUCUGAGGACUCAUGGAUUUGAUGGCUUGGACCUGGCCUGGGAGUAUCUCGGUGCUCCUGGAAGUCCUGCAGAGGACAAGCACAGGUUUACCCUGCUCUGCAAGGAACUUUCAGAGGCCUAUGAAGCUGAGAGCUAUGGAGGCAGUCACCCACGGCUCAUUCUCUCUGUGGCUGCAGCAGCACUUCCAGAUGUUAUUGAUGCAGCAUAUGAAAUCACUGAAAUGGCAAAGUAUUUGGAUUUCAUCAGUGUAAAAAUGCUUGACCUGCAUGAUGAUCAAGAGGGAACAACAGCCCACCACUGUCCACUCUACUCUAACAACAAUGCUAACAUAGAUUAUGUGAUACAGUACUGGUUGGAGCGAGGAGCCCCAGCAGGGAAGCUGUUACUGGGUUUUUCCACCCGCUCCCGUUCUUUUAAACUCUCCACCAGUGCAACAGACCUGGGUGCUCCGUACAGUGGCCCCGGUGACCCGGGGCCCUACACCCAGUGGAGGGGCAUCUGGUCUUACUAUGAGACCUGCUCUUUCCUGAAAGGUGCCUCAGUUCAGUGGAUCGACACUCAGAAAGUUCUGUACGCUGUCAAAGGCAGUCAGUGGGUGGGCUUUGACAACCAGACCAGCUAUGAUGCUAAGGUGGAGUAUCUGAAGAGCAGGCAGCUGGGUGGAGCUGCUGUGUGGACACUGGACAUGGACGACUUCUCUGGACAGUUCUGUAAACAGGGCAAAUAUCCACUGAUAUCAUAUCUAAAACAUCAGCUAAGUGAAGACUGGACAAAUCAGGGGACAACUUCUGCACGAACUCCCCCCACAGCCUCGCCUUCUCCUUCUCAAAGUACUCAAGACACACAGGAGCAUAUCACCAGCACCAGCGGCACUACCACAGCGAAACAGAACAGUUGCUUCCAUUACAUCACUGUUGCGUAUCCUGACAGUGACUUUUGCACACGCAAAGCUGAUGGAUUAUAUGAAACAUCACAUGAACCAAAGACAUUGUACAAAUGUGUGCAGAGGAUGACAUACAUCACAAGGUGCCACAUGGAGACAGAUCACAACAGCAAAGAGCAAAUUAUGCCAUCAAAGACUUUAGUUGUAGUCAGCGUUGUAACAGCCACUCAGUUCUACCACUUAUGUUUGUGGAGUGACAGGUGAAUGUUCACAGUGUUUUCACCUCUAUUACUGUAGACUUGUGUAACUGUGACAAACAACUUGAAUCAAACCGUUUAGGAACCACCGUAUGUGCGAACUGGUGUGCUAUAGCUAGAUUUUCCUGUCCUUGGUUAGAAUGUGUAGGAGACAAGGAUGUAUAAAUAAAUUUGAAUCUAUUUUUGCAUUGCAAGUACACCGGGCCUCAUGUGUACAAAUGGUGGAUUGCCAAUUUCAAAAAUGUGUAGGAGACUGACAAGGCUGAAGUCCACUAUUUUGAACUAUAUCCAGGUGCCACAAUGAACAUGUGUGGCAAUCUGAAACAACAUAUAGCAAUAAGGAAUAUAAAGCAAUACAGUAUGUAUACAUACCUGAAGGAAAGGCAACUUCUUAGUCUAACAAGGCACAGCAUGUCGGAUUCAGGCCACCUACAUCAACAUACUGUUUACUGUCUUUUACUGACCUCUACUGGCUAAUCAUGUGGCAUUUAGUCAUCUUAAAUGAAAUUAAACCAACAAGGUUGAUUAAAUUGUAACUAUGAACAUAUUACUAUGGUUUACACAUACUGAAACAAAGCUUAAAUUAAGUGACAUUACCACUCUAUAUGUUCAAACACUAGGCCUGUGGUCAUUGGAUCCAUAUCCGCCACCAGCGUGAUGUGGCCCAUUCCACUUUCCAUGAGUGGGGGGUUUUAUACACAAAUUCUGAGUCAGUCAGAUACUCAUCUGGGAUAGGGCAACAUGUUUGAACAUGGGUCAUUUCAAAGCUACAAUUGAGAAAACCAAACUUUUGUGUGUCUAGUGGUAUGCGGUUAGCAGUUCUGUAUGAUCUCUGUCAUAAAAGAUGCAGCAGUAUCUAGAUGUCAAUAAGGAUGCAGGUGCUUUUUCUAUGCAUCCCUUUGUGUAGAUACCAUGGGAAAACGAUUCCUAUAUCUGUUUACAUAUUCAAUGACACAGGUUCUUUGUGUUGUAAACCAAGUCCCAAAGUCCCAAAGUGAAAGACUCAUUGGAGACAAUGACUGCUGUGAGUGAUCAUUGGAAUUGCCUUUCCUAGUACAAGGAGAAAUCCCAUUGGGAACAGCCUCAACUCUACUCAAAACAUGGGUUAAUACAUUUAAAAAUAAAAUAUUUCACAAUUCCACUUCCAAAUUCCAAAUUAUUGAAAUGGGUGUUUUAUGUAUGGAAUGCUUUGUUGUAAGCCAAAUAAGUUGGAGCAGUAGGGUAUAGCACACUGAUACAUUGGAUUCACUGUAAGAGGGUAGUUAGCAAUUAACUGAAUUUUAUAACUGUACCAUACUGUUUGGGCCAUAUAUUUACUAUAUGCAAAAAGUCAUUUCCAGCAGCAGUAAUCAUCAGUAUGUGACCAAAAACCAUAAGAUGAUAUAGAAUAAAUUACAUGUAUCAUUAACAGUGACUCAAUAUGUCAGCAAUAAUAUUGUUCUCAAUGUUAGCUGGUUGUACUAUCAGCAACCUAGCAAACUGGUGACGAAACCAGAUUAUUUCUAAUUUCGGGAAAAUUGUAUUUUGAAGUUGAAUGUCAAACAUUGUUAUAGUGUUUACGUUAAUAUAUUCAUAAUGUGCUAUUGAUUUGAUGUAUUGUUCAAAGAUGUUCACAUAGCCAAUGAAUGUGAUCACUAAUGAUGGUCGCUAUGAUGAGAUAAUGACAUAAUAAUAAUGAUGGUGGUGGUGGCAAUGAGCGUUGUACAGCAAGCUUUAUCAAAUAAAGUGAAAAUCUAAUAAAUAGAAAUGAGUAUUGCGUCAAAAACUAUAAUAACGCUGUGGGAUGUACAA